AUGAGAGAAGUGAUCACUAUUAAUAUUGGACAGGCGGGUUGCCAACUUGGAAAUAGCUGCUGGGAACUCUUUUGUUUAGAACAUGGGAUCCUCCCUGAUGGCACACCUGCCAAAGAAGGGUUGGCUAAAAAUUUGUCGAACGGACAGAACGUCGACAACGCGUAUAACGCGUUCUUCAAUGAAGUUCAAAGCGGAAGAUUUGUGCCACGCGCUAUCUUUGUGGAUACUGAACCGACAGUUAUCGACGAAAUUAAGACGGGAAAUUACUCGAAAUUGUAUCACCCAAGACAGUUGUUGUCAGCUAAGGAAGACGCUGCGAGUAACUUUGCUUUGGGGAAGAAUAACUUCUCGCCACUUGUGGAAGAGACGAUGGAAGCGUUGAGAAAGUCUGCCGAGGCGUGCUCGGGGUUACAAGGGUUCUUCUAUUAUAACUCCGUUGGUGGUGGGACAGGAAGUGGGUUCACCGCUGCGCUCUGCGAGAAGAUCGCAGAACAAUAUCCAAAGCGAACAAAAAUUAAUACCGUCAUUUGGCCUUCACCAAAACUGUCGAGCGGAGUUGUUGAGCCGUACAACGCAGUUUUGAAUACUCACGCGAUGCUAAAAUUGGCGGAUUGCACACUCAUGGUUGACAAUGAGUCUAUUUACUCGAUCUGCCAGGAACAUCUCGAGGUUCAAAGUCCAUCAUACUCACACUUGAAUCAAAUUAUUGCACAGGCGAUGAGCUCUGUCACAGCAAGUUUAAGGUUUGAAGGAACUCUCAAUGUGGAUUUGAAUGAAUUCCCAACAAACCUUGUGCCAUUCCCAAGAGUACACUUCGCUAUGAUGUCGUACGCUCCAAUUGUCACCCCGGAGAAGGCACAAAGGCAAACAUUGAAUGUACAAGAGCUGACAACGAGUCUCUUUGAUCGUAAGAAUUUGAUGAUCCAACUCGACGAAGUUAACAAAGGAAAGUACAUGAGUUGCUGUAUGAUGUAUAGAGGAGAUGUCUCGAACCGCGAAGUGAAUUUGGCUAUUAAUGUGGUGAAGAAUUCUUAUGGACUUCCUAUCGCCGAUUUCUGUCCGUGUCCAUUUAAAUGCGGUAUUAACAAUCAACCCCCAACGGCUGUUCCCAAUAGCCAGUACUCCGCGACGAAAAGAAGCGCCUGUAUGUUGGCGAACCACACUUCGAUGUGUCAAGUUUUUGGAAAGGUUAAUCAAAACUUCGACCAAAUGUACGGAAGAAGAGCUUUCAUUCAUCACUAUGCGGAGUUUGGCAUGGAAGAGAACGAAUUCAUUGAAGCGAGACAAGAUAUGUUUGACCUAGAGACUGAAUACGCUAAUCUCGCUCUUGAUAACCCAGAGGUUUCGGGCACAAUGGCGUAA